UCUUGGCUGUCUGACUCGGUGUUCCUGACGUGUCUGACUAGAGCUGUGGGCAGUAGGACUCCCAUCUCCUUCGUUGUGGAAGAGUUACCUGAGAACUGGACAGACACAAGGGAGACCUUGCUGGAGGGGAUGCUGUUCAACCUCAAAUACCUGGGCAUGACCCUGGUGGAGCAGCCGAAAGGCGAGGAGCUCUCGGCGGCCGCCGUGAAGCGCAUCGUGGCCACGGCCAAAGCUAGUGGGAAGAAGCUCCGGAAAGUGACCCUCAAAGUCUCCCCGAGGGGCAUCAUCUUACAUGACAGCGGGACCAAUGAGCUGAUUGAGAACGUUUCCAUCUACAGGAUCUCCUACUGCACCGCAGACAAGAUGCAUGACAAGGUCUUUGCAUACAUCGCCCAGAACCAGCAGAGUGAGAGUCUGGAGUGCCACGCUUUUCUCUGCUCCAAGCGGAAAAUGGUUAGUGGGAGAGCCAGGGCCCUGGAC